AAACUCGCAUGGUCUUUCAAAUUCCUGAGUACCUAAAGGUAGCACCAUUUGACAGGAGAUCGCCCUUGGCUAAUGGCUAACCCAGCCAGUUGGAGUUAGCAAAAAUAACAAAUACAACGCCUGUCCAGCUUAACAUUUUGGAGGUUGUUGGCCACGGCAGGGGCUUGGGAUAAGGUUGAGCGAAUGUCCCUUAGUUCUGCUGACCAGGGGGGUCCAUCUGCGACUGCCUCUUCCACCAAAGACGAGGAAAGGUUGAGCAGCUCCGAUCAGGCAGUGACUACAGAGAACACACAUGUGGAGCAGGUGCUGCCGGCCGUGGAUGAAGCCUCACCUGAUUUGACUUCAUCCUUCGAGAUGCUCGAGACAGAGCAUGUCCCGCCUCCUUACCAAAAAGUGCAGCCUCACUGGUUUUACUACAAACAGGGCGAUGACAAUGCACUCUGGCUCCCUUUUAGCAGAGAAGACUCAGACAAAUUAGAGAAUGCUGACAAUGCACGAGGCGAUGAUGAGGUGGUGGUGGCUGUGGAGGGCGAACGCUACGAUGUACAUGUCAAGGAGAGGAAGCGCUAUGCCGUGUACUGGGAACAAGCUCCCACUGAAGUUCGCCGCUGCACGUGGUUCUACAAGGGAGACAAAGACUUAAGGUUCAUGCCGUACACAGAAGACUUCAGCGUCAAUCUGGAGGAUGCUUAUAUGAUCGCAGUUACUUUAGAUGAGUGGAAAAGGAAGCUGGAUUUUCCCACAGGAGAGACGGUCAUUUUACACAAUCCCAAGCUGAUAAUGCACUAUCAGCCAAUAGGAUUUCAAGAAGAUUGGGUCUCCUCACCGUCUGAGAAUACCCGUCCUCGAACAGUCAAACGUGGCAUUAACAACAUCCCUGUAGAAAUACCAGAUGGUGAACCAGACAAGGUGGACCACCUUGUGUUUAUGGUCCAUGGCAUUGGUCCUGCAUGUGACCUGCGCUUCAGAUCCAUCAUACAGUGUGUGAAUGACUUCCGGAGUGUAUCAUUGUCCUUGUUGGCCUCUCAUUAUAAGAAUGCUCAGCUAGAGGGCAAGGUGGGCAAAGUGGAGUUCCUCCCAGUGAACUGGCACAGCGCUCUACAUGGUGAUGCCACCGGUGUGGAUCAGGAUAUCCAUCGGAUCACUCUGCCUAGCAUCAGCAGACUGAGACAUUUCACCAACGACACACUGCUUGACUUGUUUUUCUAUAACAGUCCCACCUACUGUCAGACUAUAGUGGACACGGUCGUCUCAGAGAUCAACAGACUACACACUCUCUUUAAACAGCGACACCCCGAGUUCAAGGGGGAAAUUUCUGUCGUGGGUCAUAGCCUUGGUUCAUUGAUCCUGUUUGACUUGCUAACCAACCAGAUAUCUGGUUCAGAAGAAUCUGCAAAAGAGGAGGUGCUGCCUGAUAACCCCUGUCAUCUGGACCAUGACACACUUGAGCAGACUCUCACCGGACUGGGCCUGCAGCAAUACUCACCCAUAUUUAAGGCAGAAAAUCUGGACCUGGAAUCACUGGGUCUUUGUCAAGAAAAUGAUCUCAAAGAAAUAGGAAUUCCUCUAGGACCCCGGAAGAAGAUCCUGAAAUAUGUCAGGAGAAAAUAUUUUUCAGAGGAUUCCAAAGCCGGACAGGUGGCUCGAGUGCAACAAGGUCACUGCUGUGAAGACAAUGGUAACCAGUCGUCGGGAUCUGCAGUCGUAAAGGGCCAGUUCCUCAGAACACAGUCCAGCACCAGCGCUGUAGAUUAUGAAUAUUUCAACAUGGGCAUCGGACAGACCAGUGGAGGGAUAGCCAUGGGACAGGUAUCCGUUGAUUACCCACAGCUGGCGUUCCAGCCACAGACCUUUUUUGCGUUUGGAUCCCCCAUUGGAAUGUUUCUCACUGUACGCGGACUGAAACGCAUUGAUCUGAACUACAGCUUCCCAACCUGCAAGAGCUUUUAUAACAUCUAUCACCCGUUUGAUCCUGUAGCUUACCGGAUCGAACCCAUGAUUAUUUCAGAAGUUGACCUCGAGCCCAUGUUAAUUCCGCACCAUAAAGGCCGCAAGAGGAUGCACUUGGAACUGAAGGACAGCUUUACCCGCAUGAGCAUAGAUUUGAAAAACAAUGUACUGGGAUCAUUAAGGACAGCUUGGCAGUCACUUUCCAGACUACCUGUUGCUGCACUACCUCCAGUAGACGAAGGAGACAGUGUAACACAAGGAAACCUUCAGGAGACACCAGCGUUGGCUGCAGUUUGUGCCUCUGCUCAGAGGGAAGAUCAAAGGGGUGACUUUUGGAUGAAAGUAUUUGAGUGGCCCAGGGCCCUUCAUAGGCAUUACCAGUACUUCCAAGGCAAGCACGAGGACGUGGAAUUGUCAGCAUCAACAGAGCAGCCACAGCAGGCAGAGCAAGCAGAAAUAAAAGUGGGAAUGUUGAACGGAGGACGACGAAUUGACUAUGUGCUUCAGGAAAAACCAAUAGAAAGCUUCAACGAAUAUUUGUUUGCCAUUCAGUCACACCUUUGCUAUUGGGAAUCUGAGGAUGCUGCUCUGUUGCUGCUUAAGGAGAUUUACGACAAAUUGGAUGUAACAUUGGAACAGACUCAACCGUAAUGAGUUUCCUCAAUAAAAUCCACUUCAGGAAACCUGAGAGUGUGUCCGAGAAGGACAGUCAGCAGAGGUUGUGCAAUCUUCCUCCAGAAUGUCUUUUGGUCAAAUGAUCUCUGGCCAAAGAUGUCGAUCGUGAUUUCAGUCAUCACCCAAGCUGGGUUUGUGUUUACUUAUUGAUUCUCAUGUCAUGCUAUGUGUUGCACUCUUCUUGUCUACUUUUCCUUACCUUGCACUUUUCAUCAAUAUAUCAAACGCACAACUCUUACUAGAUGAUGCGGAAGAUUUUACUUCAGAAUUUCGGUCUCAGAGGUGGAAAAUCCAGGUUCAGAGCUACCGGGCUUGUUUACCCGCCUGUUGAGUCAAAGCACCUGUGGCGAAAGCCAACGUUUGGCAGAGUUUUUACUUUCUGCACUUGGAUUCGCCACCUUUGUUAGUAUUUAAAAAAACAUGUUCAAUUGCUCAAGUGCAAUUUAAAAUACAGUAGAAAGUGUUGAAGGGAGCACUCCCUUAUCAUCUUAGCUUUAUAAACAAGAAUUUUAUUUUGUUUUGGUUGACUGAAAUUGUUGUUUUUGUGUAUUCUGUAAGUGGAAGUUUUGCUGUGUCUCUUCCUGUUCACCCAAAGAAACCAAAAGCUGCUGAUUCUACGAUGUGCAAUUUUCCCUAACAUGCAGCCAUGACCCCUUUUUCAUUCGAGCUUUCUUCUUUUAUUUCACUUUCACCAUAUUCACACGAGGGGUUGUGAAGCAUUUAAUCGUAAAUCUAAUCAUUUUAGAUUUUUGCUCUUAAAAUAUAAUAUAAUAUCAUAACAGGAUGGGAAGAUAAGUUUGCAGAACUCAUUUUGAACAUGCCAAGGGCCAAAUUCAACCUUUCUCUUCUGCACUCCUAUCAAGGAUUGUAGAAGGAAACGUUUCAGAUUCAGAAAACUUUAUUUAUCCCCGUAGUUUGCCUCUGUAUGUCCAGCAAAACAGUUGUUUGAUCAUCUCAACAUUCCCCCUGCAGUUUAUUCACUUUUCACAUGUAUCUGCAGAAGUAGCGUAGUUGCCGCGUUGUCAUAUUGUCAUAGACAAGAGCUUAAUCAAAAUGUUAAGAUAGUCUAAGGUAACUUAAGUUUUUACUCAUGUUCAGAUAACCUGGUUGUUUGCCCUCUCCCAGCCACCUUGUUGACUGGACUGGUUGAACUAUACUAGUUCAAGGUUUCUCUCCAGUUUUUGCACCAUGCAUCUCUUUGUGUUAAACAACAUUUUAUACUCUCCAAAGAAGCACUGAACAUGUAUUAUAUACUUGACAUCGCUGCUUAAGCCGUGCACCCUUAGUGAUGAUGGUGAUACGCACAAAAUUAAUGGCUGUUUAUACCUCUUUUGUGUGGCAUAAUAAAAUACGAAUGUCUUGCA